CAAGGAGCAUGCAAAGGUUAUUGUGGUAGAAAGUACAAGAGGAUUGUGAGGAUGAUCUGAUUUUAUAAAUAUGGACCUUUUUAAUGUACUCCGUAAAACAAAUUAAAAGAAUCUUUACUAUUCAUUUCAUCUAAGGUGCUCAUCAUUUUACUCAAUAUUUUCUAUCUGAUAUACAUUGUGUUUUUAUUUUAUUCCAUAAUUUGAUUUGAUUUAUAUACUUAUUGAUGCACCGUGUGGUUGGUUAGAAUAAAAACUAUAUGAAAAUGUUUUCUCUUUUUUAAUCUUUCAUGAAAAUAUGAAAGUUAUAUGUUUUACACAUAUGUAAUGACUAAAUUAAUGUUCCAAAUUUAUUAUCAUUAAUCAAGACAAGUCAAUUUAGCCAAGUUUUGACAGGAGGCAUAUGAUUAGAGAUGGAUGGCUUACUUAAAGAACAUUUCCAUGUAAUUUUUAUUUUGAACAAUUUGGUAUUGAAAAAAUCAUUGGUCAAAUUUGACUAUCAUUUACUAAGAAUAAAUCAAUAUUACAAAGUUUUAUGAAGAGGGAGAGUAUAAAAAAUAAAUUACCUCAAAGAGUAAAACCUACUUUCUCUCAAUUAAGAACGAAUAAUUGGUACGGAGUAUAUGGUUAUGUCGGCAUGUGGCAUAUGAUAUACACAGGAAAUGGCACUAUAAAUAGGGAGUGAAGAUGAUAUAAUGAUCCGAACCAGGAAAGCAUCAAUUCAACUAAGCAUAAGCUAGCUAGCACGGGAAAAUGAUGAGUGAACUGCUGCAAGUGAAACCAAAAGGAAAAGUUAUAAGCAUUCUGGCCAUCGAUGGGGGCGGCGUUAGGGGAAUUAUUCCAGGCACCAUCCUUGCUUUUCUUGAAGCUCAGCUCCAGAAAAUUGAGGGGAACCCAAAUGCGAGGAUAGCAGACUACUUUGAUGUGAUAGCAGGAACCAGCACCGGGGGGCUUGUGACGGCAAUGCUGACCACGCCCGGAGAUAAUGGCCUCCCUCUCUUCGCUGCCGCUGAUAUUCCCCCCUUCUAUUUGAACGAAUCCCCCAAUAUCUUCAAGAAAACAUCCGAAGCAAAAACUGGGUUUGUGACGACGACAUCCUUAGUCACCACAAACAGUGCUAGUUCUAAGGAAAGCCCCAGCUUUGAGUUGCCUCAGUUUUCGGCAGAAGAUAUCCCGGACUUUUACAAGCAGGUCCGGCCUCCUAUAGCGCCACCACUUCAGGCGUCCGUAGACAAAGCCAAUACCAUAACUCCUAUGACGUUAUUUGCGUUUCCUGAUAUUGGUGAGUGGUUCAAAAAUCUAGGAUCCAGUGUGUGGCACCUCAUUGAGUUCGUUUACAAGAUGGGUUUCCGUCCUAUGUAUGAUGGCCUGUACUUGCAUUCCAAGAUCAAAAACAUGAUCGGAGACAUCAAGCUUAACCAAACGCUCACUAACGUCGUUAUCCCGACUUACGACGUUCAUCGCUUGAAACCUGUCAUCUUCUCCUCUUUUCAGGCAAGGAAGGAGGCGUCAAAGAACCCAAAACUCGCAGAUGUUUGCAUUGCCACGUCAGCAGCACCAAUUUACUUCCCUCCUCAUAGCUUUGAGUUGCAAUCGUCUCAAGGGAUUGAGAAGUUCAACCUUGUCGAUGGCGGAGUUGCCGCCAAUAAUCCUGUUCUCGUGGCUAUAUUGGAAGCAGCAAAAGCUUAUAAUGUUCCGCCGCUGCCGGAAAAUUUCAGGAUCCUGUCAUUGGGGACGGGAUCGUGCACAGGCACUCAAAUGGCUGAAGUGGGCGACGCCAGUAGUUGGGGUGCCGUCAGGUGGUUGUUGUUUCCGGAUAACACUCCUCGCAUCACCGAUGUUUUCAUGAGUGGCAAUUCUAGUAUGGUUGACACUUACACUUCUCUCAUUUUCGGCGACGGAGCCGCUUCUGGCCCGGAAAACUUUCUUAGAAUCCAAUACCAAGGGCUGAAGUAUAAUGAAUGUCUGGUUGAUGACGCUAGCAAAGAUUAUCUACACAAGUUGGUACAGUUCGCUAAUGAUCUGCUUAAGGAUCCUGUUUCCAGUCUGACCACUCCCAACACUCUUGAGCUCACAAAUGAAGAGGCUCUCAUUUCGUUUGCUCGUAAUUUGGUGAGGGACAAGUUUCACCCAUGAAUGUGAUGAGUAUGUGAUGAUGUACGGACAGUGUGUUGUCUUACAAAUAAGGGCCUGACCGGCGUAGUGUGGAUCCAAAUUUCCAAAAUAAGAUGCAUGUCAUCUUGCUUUUGUGUCAUUUUCAGCAAUAAUGUUGUAACGUCGUGUAGUCAAAAAUAAAUAAAGUCACUAUCUCGAAUUGUAGCCAAGUACUUUUUCGGGUAGCGGCAGAUCGAUCAUAUUGAACCAGUCCAGUACGUACUAGCAUGAAGCUGUGAGCACUGAGCACGGAUAGUAGGAUGUAGUAUUUGAUACAUAUGUAUCAAUGAAUGUGCCUCAUCAACUUUAAUAAAAUCUUGAUUUGAUAUAUCACAUACCAAAUCUUGAAUGUGGGUUCCUAGUCUUUACUACUCCCUCCUCCGUCCCGAAAAAGUUAGCCAAAUUUCCUUUUUUGGAUGUCCCAAGAAGAUUUGCCAUUUACAUUUAAAUUAAGGAAUAUGUAACGUUGUCAUUUACAUUUAAAUUAAGGAAUAUGUGGCUAACGUUAAUUCUCUCUUUUGUGCACAAAUUUCAACCACACAAUUUUUACUUUAUUAAUACACAUGAAAGUCAACUUUGACCAACCUUUUCG